GUGGUGGUGUUAUUCAUGAAGUUCCGUAGUCGUACUGGGAAGGCAGACCACCAACAGCUGAGAGCCAUGGAAGUCGACACACGGACCGAAAUUAACCCUGCUGAUUACUUCAGUCCGGAUGCCUCCAUGCCGGAUCCGGGUCUUUACAGGAAGCUCUGGUACCCUGUUGGCAUGAGCUGCGCUGGUGUGGGUCUUACAUCCUUCGUGAACGUGCUUAUGAGGAGGCCGGCCCUCAGCGGCAUUCAGCGGCACAUAAUUGCUGGCAGUGUAGGAUUGCUGCUGGGUUUUCAAGUUGACAGAUGGACAAGAAAACAGGCAGCUAUCAGGGACAACAUCUACUAUAACUACAUCAUCAAUCACCCUGAGGAUUUUCCUCCCAUUGAGAGAAAGAAAUUCAGCGAGGUGCUUGAGAAUUGGGUGCCAGCCCGCUAACUCUGCAUCACUGAUCUCACCAGAAUCAGUGAAGAAUGAGGAUUUUUUUUAUGGUAUGCUGUAGCUUUGUUUAUCACUGAAGGGGUCUCUUCUCUUUACUAAUUUUCUCUUGUUUUUAUAAAGUGUUCAGUUCAUACUCUAUAAUUUUUUCAAGUUGAACUUCCUUAAAAAUUUAAGAAAUGUUUAAUUAGUUUCUUAUGAAAGUUUAUCAUAUGGGUAUAAAUGACAUACUGAAGACUUCUCAAGGCACAGAUACUGUUGGGCAGGGUGUAUAGAAUUAUGGUAUGUAAAUAUAUAGAUAAAUAAAAAAAAAUUGUAAUGAAUUUA